UGAUCGCUGUGGCUGGGGUGUGAUACCUUAGAUGGAAAGGUAGUCCCGCAUUACCUUACUGUCUCGCACGCACAAGACUAGGGGCUGUUCAUUGAACCUUCAUGCUUCAGCCCUGUUAGGCUACUUGGGUUGAAAAGAUGGGGUUCUAUACCUCUAGAUUUGUAGUUUCUCUUUUCUUUGUCUUAUGGAUUUGCAGUACGCAGGGGCAGGACAUUCCAACUGAAAUAGACGAGUCAUUAAAAGGUCAACCAGGUGAAAAAGGAAGCAAAGGAAGAGGGGGAGAUGAAGGUCCCAGGGGUGUAAAUGGACCACGAGGUCCACGAGGACGACAAGGAAAGCGAGGCAAACCAGGACAGAUGGGAGCCCCUGGAGAACAAGGUGCCCCGGGACAGCGUGGCCCUCCAGGCUCCAUGGGCCCAGCAGGAUUACCAGGAGCAGAUGGAAGUGUUGGAGAACCAGGAAAUUCUGGCAAAAAUGGACAAAAAGGAGAACGGGGACCUGAUGGUAUUUCUGGAGAGGAUGGUCUAGCUGGUCCAAGGGGAGCUCCAGGGGCACCUGGUGAUCCAGGAGGUGAUGGAAGAGAUGGUGAAAAGGGUGCAAGAGGAAAAGACGGUGAACCUGGCAAAGCAGGACCACCGGGACCUCCAGGACCUAACGGUGGCAUUGGAGUUUCUGGCCAAAAGGGAGAACAGGGUGCACCGGGCAAGGCUGGAGGAUCUGGUCCUCCUGGCUCAAGAGGCCCUCCGGGUGCUUCUGGUGAAUAUGGUGCAAUGGGGGAGCAAGGAACACCAGGAGCUGAUGGAACACCAGGUUUAAGAGGUUUUCCAGGCCAAACUGGUGCACGAGGUUUAGCUGGAGCCCAAGGUGAACCUGGACCAGCUGGACCACCAGGCCCUGAUGGAAAGAAGGGACCACCUGGAGAGAGGGGACAAGAUGGAAUACCUGGAGACCCUGGCGAUGCUGGACCUCCAGGUGAAACAGGCCCUCAGGGUGAAUCGGGCAUCAAAGGAGAAAAAGGCAAACCAGGGGAGAAUGGAUUAGAUGGAACACCUGGAGAACGUGGUGAAAGAGGACCAGAAGGUCCCCAGGGUAACUCUGGUGCAGCAGGUCCUCCAGGUCGCCCUGGAGUACCAGGGUCCCCUGGAAGCAAGGGAGACAGGGGUGACACAGGUCCUCAAGGAGGCCGAGGAAACACAGGAAGAGACGGCAAGAGGGGAUAUGCUGGAACCCCAGGUCCCCCAGGAGCGCCUGGAGAACGAGGAACAAGAGGUGCUCCCGGAAUCUUUGGCACACCAGGCGGUGAUGGCGACUCAGGAUUAGCUGGCCCUCGUGGAGCCCCAGGAACGCCAGGAUCUGCUGGUGAGAAUGGAGCAGAUGGUCCAACAGGACCUCCUGGACCUCCCGGGCCAAUGGGUGAACAAGGUGAACAGGGAUCUCCUGGGGAUAGUGGCGAACCUGGGCCUGAUGGUGAUGUUGGGCCAAUUGGACCCCCUGGAUCUCCUGGACAGCCGGGAACCGCUGGUUCCAUCGGAAGACCUGGUUCCUCUGGACCACCCGGAGAAGGUGGAUCUCCAGGACCUAUCGGACUUCUCGGACCGGAGGGACCACCAGGUCCAGAUGGCGAGAGAGGACUGGACGGCCCAAAGGGUGAUCCGGGUGAGCCUGGUGCCGACGGCAAGCAAGGUUUAGCUGGUCAAUCUGGUCAAGAUGGACGACCUGGAGCUCGAGGAAAACCAGGAGAAACAGGCAGGCGGGGACCUCCAGGCCCUCCUGGUCCUCCUGGGCCAAGAGGAGAUGCGGGGUCAUCAGGAGGAGAAGGUGCUCGUGGUCCUCAAGGACCUCCUGGCAGCAAAGGACCACGGGGAGAAGCUGGUGAACCAGGUCAGAACGGAGUCGAUGGUUCGCCAGGAGAAGGGGGUCGCCCAGGACCUCCGGGCUCUCGGGGAAAACCUGGAUUCCCUGGCACAGAUGGAACGCCUGGUCAAGCCGGUGCCCCGGGUAACCCGGGUGCGCGCGGAGAAAAGGGUAAUAGAGGAUUCUCGGGGCUUGAUGGAGAUGAUGGUGCACCAGGACCUCGCGGAGGACCUGGGCAGAGAGGUUCCAUGGGAGACCGUGGACCAGUUGGAAGACAGGGCGCUCCAGGCGAGAAUGGCCCAGACGGUGAACGAGGACUUGGUGGUAGUUCUGGACCGAUAGGAGCGAAAGGAGUUCGUGGACUCCAGGGAAGCAAGGGAGAGAAGGGUGUACGUGGUAUGCAGGGCUCGCCUGGACGCGUAGGUCUCCAAGGCCGACUGGGAAAGCCAGGAAUCCCAGGCUUCAACGGAGAUUCAGGACCACCAGGAACCACGGGAGACCCAGGCCCUCCUGGUGAACCCGGACAGGAUGGUUUCCAGGGCCUACCGGGCCCAAAUGGAGCCAAAGGAGCUAGAGGAAGACCGGGCCCAAGGGGAUUCGGGGGAACACCAGGGAAACAGGGAUCCCCGGGACCUCCAGGAGAACGUGGUGAACCUGGCUAUCCAGCUCCCAGACAAAUACGUACGAGCGUUGGUGGUCCACCCAAGGGUCCAGGCGGCCCCGGACCAGGACCUAUUGAGGAGGAGACUGAGGAAGAAUCGCCUGAAGGAAGGAAACGACGAUCAGCUGUAUCCGAGGAGAUGCAAGUUUUGGACCGUAUCGCCGAGCUUUCCCAGAAGAUGUAUGAUGUGGAACACCGUGACAAUUCACGGUAUUUCCCUGCCAAAACUUGUAGAGAUCUUCAGCUGUGUCACUCUGGUAUUAGACUCAAAGAUGGCGAAUAUGAUAUCGACCCCAAUGGUGGAUCUCCAAAUGACCAGAUCACUGUACACUGUAAUUUUACCAACCAAGCUACUUGCAUCAGGCCUAAAAUGACAAAGAUUCCCAAGAGUACCUGGAAAACCCAAGUAGAUCCUAGGAUGAAAGUCGCAUGGUUUUCUGAGGACCUAAAUAAUGAGAACAAGAUUGAAUACGAUAUUGACGACAUCCAACUGUACCAUCUACAACUGCGUAGUAACCACGCCCAACAGGAGUUCACCUUCAAAUGUAAAAACUCGGUGGCCUGGUACGACCAAAGCGCCCGCACUUUUAAGAAAGCGGUUAAAUUUGAGGGUGUGAACGGCCACGAGUUUAGCUCCAAAUCCAAAUCAAAGAAAGCCAUGAUCAAGGUUCCCAAUGACGGUUGCAAGGUGAAGGAUGGAUCUCAACGCAGCACCCAAUUUGUUGUUACAACCACACAAGCCUCCCGGUUGCCGAUUGUUGACUUUGCUGCCUACGAUUUAGCUGGAGAACUAGAGGUUGAAAUUGGUGAAGUUUGUUUCUGGUGAACUAUGUAUAAUAACUAGGGAUCGUCCCGCCAUAUUUUAUUAAAUAAAACUGGACCUCAGCUUGACGACUGUGGAUGGCGAUUGACUUUUUUUAGCGAUAUUAGCUUCGUUUUGCGGAGGAAAGAUUCUCUAUGAAUAAAUGUUGUAGCGCGUUUUAGAGAGAACUUGUGCAUUGUUAUGUUGUGUAGACUCCCAUAAGAGUCAUCUGUAGUAAAUAAAAGAUUAAUGAGGCGGGAAAUUGUUAGAAGAAAAGUUUUUAAAUAUUUCAGAUCAAAGAUUGAUUAUAAUACCAAACAAUACCAAGCGUAUUCGUUGUGUUGUAAGCCCCAAUUUCUAACAACUGGUUAGAUUGUAAACACAAGUAAAAUGUGCUACCAAGAAACAAGGUUUCUCAGUGAAAGUUCUUAUCGUCGUCUUAAUUUAUAGCCCAUAGAUUCAACAGCAACCAGCACAACUGGAAGUGUUUCUAUAUUUGAGUUUCUUUAGUUUUCAGUUUUAUCAUAACUUGUAUGAACGAGAUUUUUUUUGCAAUACAUUUGAAAUUGACAUUAAAUUCUUUCAAGGA